AUGUGGUGCAGUAGUGAUUAUCAACCUAUUACUCGACGACAGUCAUCAGCAAACGAAGAUACUGAAGCAGAAACUUAUGUUGAUCCUAUUAAUGGUCCAGUUACUACACUUGAAAAACCCAAGUCAACAAAGAAAACGAAUUCUCCUUCAAUAAACACACAUCUAAAUCUAGAUUUAUCAAGUCGAUUAGCUGCUGUUAUGAGUGUGAAGAAGGACAAAGGAAAUAAGAUAACUGUGAUGGAAAAGAAGACAGAUAUAGAGCCUACUGAAGAUGAAUGUCUCGACUCAUCAAAAGAUACGAAUAGGGAUAAUAAUGAAAUAAAAAAAUAUGAACCUGUAGCAGUCAUGGAGGAGGAGGAAGAUGAAACUAGGCAGGAUUAUUUAGUAACUAAAUCUGAACGCGAAGAAAAAUUAGCAGGACCACAAAAUAUCAAUAGAAUCAUUAAUGAUGAUAAAGAUCGAGUCCUAGAGCAACAUGAACAGCAGCUUUUUGCAGGCUAUGGAAAAUAUUGCUAAACUGCACAAUCAGAUACAUCAGUUAUAAGAACAUGCUAAGAAAAGUGAAUGCAAGAUGAAAGAUUUAGAAACAAAACUAAAGAAAUCAAAAGAAGAAAAAUACACAAGCUGGAUCAUUUGCUAGUCUCUCAGGGCUUAUUACAAGAAGUCGAAAAAAAAAAACGAUCUAAAACUGUGUUUAAACGAACUACGACGAUUAAGAAGUUGAGACUAGAGAAAGCAGGAGCAGAUAAAAAUCUGUCAGAGUUAACUAAAAGGCUUGAAAAAGGC